GCUUCCGCCACGGCAACUACGCUAGCCGGUCAAAACACACGGAGAGCCUGUGGGUCGAGUUUUUGAGAAAAUUCCCUAUGCUCCACACGCAAGCGGUCGCGACGCUGCAUCGGGGUGGGGAGAAUCUUUACACGGGCCUCUUUACAAGCAUGUUUGUGUUCCCGCACACCACUUUGGAGCAGUGGAGCGGCACAUCUAGUUACACAAUUGGCACAGCAGUGAAACGGAAGCAAAAGGGUCGGCGAGAAAGUGCAAAACUGAAAGCGCAACAUCAACGAGAGCACGGACCACGGAGGAGUUUGGCUGGGCCAACGUUCAUUCCCAUUCACUCGUACUUUUGCGACAACCGACGGUGGUUGUGACCGUGCUUCCAGAAGUAGCUCUUAAGUGAAACGUACAAGUGCGUCGACCGUAAUUACGCUCCAGUAAAAACGAAAAAAAACCAUGAGCAUUUUCGCUUCGGUCGAAUUGGGUCCCCCGGUGGAAGUGUUUGCCCUCAAUAAGGCGUGCAACGAAGAUCCCAACCCGAACAAGGUUAAUCUUGGCGUUGGAGCCUAUCGAACGAACGAGGGCAAACCCUGGAUUCUGCCGGUGGUGAAGAAGGCCGAGGCCGCUAUCGUCGCCGAUGGAUCGCUGAACCACGAAUAUCUGCCCGUGCUCGGUAUGGACAGCAUAACCAAUGCGGCCAGCACGCUGCUGCUGGGCGACGAUAGCGAUGCGCUCAAGAGCAAGCGCGCCUUCGGUGUCCAGUGUCUGUCCGGCACGGGGGCGCUGCGGCUUGGGGCCGAAUUUCUGGCCCGCAUCCUGAAACGCACCACCUUCUACUAUUCCGACCCGACGUGGGAAAACCACCACAAGGUGUUCCUGUACGCGGGCUUUACGGAGCCAAAAACCUACCGGUACUGGCACCAGGAAACGCGUGCCUUUGACUUUGCCGGCAUGAUGGAGGACCUGGACAAUGCACCGGAAGGGGCGGUCGUUAUACUGCACGCCUGUGCCCACAAUCCGACCGGCAUCGAUCCGACCCAGGACCAGUGGAAGAAGAUUGCGGACAUGUGCGAGAAGCGCAAGCUGUUCCCGUUCUUUGACUCCGCCUACCAGGGCUUUGCGAGCGGUGACCCGAACAAGGACGCGUUCGCGGUGCGCUAUUUCGUGAGCCGCGGCUUUGAGCUGUUCUGCGCGCAAAGCUUUGCCAAGAACUUUGGUCUUUACAACGAGCGUAUCGGCAAUUUAACGGUUGUUCAGAAGGAGCCCACCACCAGUGCGGCUGUCGCGUCACAGAUUACGCUGCUCGUCCGUGGCAUGUACUCGAAUCCACCGGCCUUCGGUAGCCGUAUCGUGAGCCGCGUGCUGAACGAUAACGAGCUGCGCAACGAGUGGAUGGAGUGCAUCAAGACGAUGAGCUCGCGCAUCAUCACCAUGCGUAAGGCACUGUACGACGAGCUCGUGGCGCUGAAGACUCCGGGCACCUGGGAGCACAUUACCAACCAGAUUGGCAUGUUCUCGUACACCGGGCUGAACGAGGCACAGGUGCAGAUACUGAUCAAGGAGUUUAGCAUCUACCUGCUGAAAACUGGCCGCAUCAGCAUGUGCGGGCUGAACGAAAGCAAUGUAGCGUACGUUGCGCGGGCCAUCCAUGCGGCGGUCACCCGCGGAGAAUAGUACACAGCGGAGGACAGUGGGGCAGAAACGGUCAGCUAGCUUUCCCGAUCCGUCGCGUUCCGGAUAUCAAUAAUCUCCUCCCCCCUCCCCUUGUUACACACUGAUAUACAUAUGUGCACCAGGAAGACGCCUUUAGGAUUUGUUUUGCAUUUAAAUGGUUUCGUACCAGCCAGCAGCACGGGUCGAAUUUGAUUUUGUUUUUUUUUUACGGAGUUGUAGCACGAUAAAAGAAAACCACAAACCAAACAAGCAAUCACUAUUUUUGAUGAUAAAAACAAGCCACGAUUGGCGUAGGAAGUGCGCGUACGUACGCGACGACACAGUACAAUACAGUUUACAACAAAACAAUAUAGCAAGCAGCGACACCACAUACGCGGGACACGGGUCGUAAGAAAAAAGUUUGGUGGUAGACCGGAACAUGUUUUAUACACAUACAUAUAUAGAUGGAGCUGUGUUUAUCGAUGGUUCUGGAAUGCAUAUAUCAAAGCUAAUAUUGUGCUUAAAGAAAUUGCGAGGAAUUGUGAAACCCCGUUUUCUAUCUCAACAAGUUCUAACUUGAUCUAAGCUCUAGCCUCAACACCACAAACCCACAAACCUGUAUUAAGACAGAGGGCGAUUUGAGGGUUUGAUAUGCUCGUUAAAAAAAAAGAACAAGGAACAAUAAACAAUACUAAUAUGCUCUACACUUA